AUGUUCAUUGGAAAUCAAACUGCAGUAACCCAUUUUAUCAUCUUGGGCUUCCCAAGCCUGAAGAAUCUUCAGCUUCUUCUCUUCUUUGUGGGGUUGGUUGUCUACAUCCUGACCUUGUGUGGACAUCUCAUCAUUAUCACCAUAGUACGUAUUGACCAACAUCUCCAAACACCCAUGUACUUUUUCCUCAGCAACUUCUCCUUCCUGGAGAUAUGGUACACCUCCAACAUUGUUCCAAAGAUGCUAGAAGUAUUCCUAGAUAAGAACAAAUCCAUUACAUAUGCAGGCUGCAUUACUCAACUCUACUUUCUUAUUACACUUGGUACCGCAGAAUGUUUCAUUCUGGCUAUCAUGGCAUUUGAUCGCUAUUUAGCCAUAUGCAAUCCUCUACGAUAUCCUACACUCAUGAAUGACAAAGUCUGCCUUAAGUUAGCUGUAAGCUCUUGGAUUGGUGCCUUCAUAAUUAACAUCCCUCCAUUAGUUGCGCUUUGUAGGCUGCCAUUUUGUGGCCCAAAUGAGAUCAAUCACUUCUUUUGUGAUGCACCACCUUUAUUGAAACUCUCUUGCAGAAGCCCACAUGAAGCUGAACUGUCCAAUUUCAUAGUGGCCACAAGCGUCAUUGUUAGCUCCUUCCUCCUCAUUCUGAUAUCAUACAUCCUCAUCCUCAUCACCGUUCUGAAAAUCCCUUCAUCGACAGGUCGCCAAAAAGCCUUCUCAACUUGUGGUUCCCAUUUAGUUGUAGUGACCAUUUUCUAUGGCACUCUGAUGUUCAUGUAUGUCCGCCCAACAUCAAAUUUCUCUAUUGAUUCAGUGAAUUUCAACAAAAUUGUUUCCAUGUUCUAUACUGUGGUUACUCCCAUGCUAAACCCAAUUAUAUACUGCCUGAGAAACAAAGAGGUCAAAGAUGCUCUUGAAGAACAAUUUCAAAAAAUGGGGGAAAAAUUAGAUCAAAACGUUAUGGCCACUGAAUCUCUAUCAAAACAGGUAGAGGACUUGGCACAGAAAAAUACAGAACUGAAUGCAAUGGUACAAGAGCUAAAAGGGAAAACGCAAAGUGUGGAAGAAACCACAAAGAAAUUGGGUAGAGAGGGAAAGGAGAUAAGAAAAGAGGUCAAUAAGACUAAAAAGGAGGUAGUGAAUUUAAGAUCAGAACAUGAAACCAUCUUAGAUUCUAUUGCUAUGCUUCAGAUGCAUAGAAAAGAGAAAACAUUGCGCCUAAGAGGAAUUGUAGAAGAAGUGGGUGAGAUGCUGGAGGGAAAAAUAAUCCCAGCAUUGGCAAAUUGGCUGGAGAUGCAAGAAUCAGAAAUUUCCUCCAACAUCGAAUCCUUAUAUAGAACUAAUUCAAAAACAGCAAAAGCUAAUAAAUGGCCAUCGGACUGUCUUAUUACUCUUAGAACAAUGGAAUUAAGAAACAAAAUCUUGCAAACUAGCAAUAAGAAAAAGUUGGUGAUCCAGGGAAAAGAAAUAGUGAUAUACAAAAUUAUUCCUUACAGAUUGUUAAAAAAACGAGAAGUGUAUAAACCUCUGGUAGAAGCUCUACAGAAAAAAAACAUAAAACAUAAAUGGGAGUUCCCAGAGGGGAUAUCCUUCUCUUAUAAGGGGAUGAGGAAAAAAUGUCUAUCAGGUGAAGAAAUGGAAAGAUUCAGGAGAACAUAUAAGGGAGACUUCGGUGAUAGGAAACAACAGGAAAUAGAAAUAGGAGAAUUAGUGGAAGAAGAAGAAUCCAACUAA